AUGUCACACUCGACUUCGACCAUACCACAAGCAGUUAUACAAUGGCUCUUCGACGUAAUUCAGCCAAUAUAUCCAAAUCCGGACUAUAAGAAGAAGAUAUUCAAUGAUACCAUUCUGGUAUUAUCAGCGUUCCCAAAUCUAAAACCAAGGACAAGAGUGUUUACUAAUUCCAAAGGUAUUUCCAGUUUGCUCUUAUGCAUAUACGGUUCAUUCCAACUGGGAGGAGCUCCUGAUGUUCCGGUGUUGCUUUGGAUACCAAAGGACUACCCAAUAGAACCUCCAUUGCUUCUAAUUGACCUCGCCACACUUGAUUCCUCUUAUGUAAUUGCUAAAGGUAGGCAAGUCGAUUCAAAUGGCGUAGUCCGUUUGCCCAUUUUUGACUCAUGGAACUUCAAUACAAAUGGCCUACUCGAUGUAAUCAAUGAUUUCUUAUCUACAAACAACGAUGAUAAUUGUCCCGUUAUAGAAUUGCCAGAGAAUAUGGCUAAUCUGUCGAUUUCAGCGACAACGAAUCCACCUGUGCUGCCACCAAAACCUACAGUGCCAGAGAAAAUCAAUGUCCAAACAGAGCUCCGUAGUCCUGCUGUGUUGGCACCACCGGUUCCUGCAAAACCACCAGUUCCGGCAAAACCGCCAGUUCCAGAAAGACCUGCUGUCGGCAGCGCCGCACCUUCCUCCCAGAGUUCAGAUGGUAUAACUAGUCCAGUUAUGAACUUGAUGGAUGUCGCCAGUGAAAAUUCAUCCAUGUCCAUGCUACGUAAGGAUUUGAUCGGCAAGUUGCAAGAAGUCGUCAAUGAACUUGCUUUUGAAGACAAGUCCAGAACAGAAAAUGAUUUAAAAAUCAGGAUUCAGUCUCUUAAGGACGCAAUAGAUCAGUUUAAGAAGAUUCACGAAUACGAUUCACAGUCUCUACAGGCUGCAAAUGCAUCAAUUGAAGCUUCGAAGAAGCAAUUAAAGGAAAAUAUAAGGCUAUUAGAGAUUGAGAAAGAUAAAAUCUUUAAAUUCGAAGAAAGAAAUGGUACGAAUAUAGACCCAAUCACAUAUUUGACUACAAACUCGAUUGCGUUGGAACAAUUGUACGGUUUGGUAGCAAAGGACCAAGCUAUUGGAGAGACCAUCCAUUCCUUAUCAGCUUUACUAGACAGAGAUUUGAUAAAUAUAGAUGUCUUUGUUAAAAAGACAAGAGAACUGGCAAGAGAACAAUUCAUGGCAAGAAUGCAUAUAAGAAAAAUAUCAACUCAUUUGGACAACUAG